UUGCGACUCUUUGUUUGUUUAGUAUUGUGAAGAAUUCCAUAGUGAAAUGAGCGAGCACAGCCAAAGUAAAGAUCGAGAUUUAAUGGCCAAAGCCGCGAAGAUCGCUGAAGAUCUCUACAAUUUGCGUGACACAUACUUCCCUGCCGAUCCUGAAGAGAAAAUCUCUAAGUUGCAGACUGAAGCAGAUCUUGCUCUCAAACUCCUCGAUACGAUUCCAUAUGAAGAAAGGAAAUCACCUACACAGCGUGCAACUUAUGAGUUUUUAAGAGGAAAGAUAUUGGAUGUAUUUCCUGAUUAUAGGAAAGAAGCAGAAGACCAUCUGUCAAAAGCUGUUAAGUUGAAUCCAUCUCUUUCAGAUGCUUGGCUGUGCUUAGGCAAUUGCAUUUGGAAGAAGGGGGAUCUUCUUUCAGCAAAGAACUGCUUUUCUCUGGCACUAAACAAGGCUCCAAACAAGAAAAUACUUUGUCAGUUAUCAAUGCUGGAGCGAAGAUUGGCUCAAGGCACUGACAAUCCAGCUCAAAUUGUUGAAGAAAGCAUUCAACAUGCAAAGGAAGCUAUUACUUUGGAUGUCAAGGAUGGAAAUUCUUGGUAUAAUCUUGGAAAUGCAUGCCUCACAAGUUUUUUCAUCACUGGAACAUGGGAUCAUGACAAACUUUUGCAAUCUUUGAAAGCUUAUCAGAAUGCUGAAAAAGAUGAUACAGUGAAGUCUAAUCCAGACCUUUAUUUCAACUGUGCCACGGUAAACAAAUAUCUAGAAUACUAUGAGAGGGCCCUCAGUGGUUUUGAAGCUGCUGCUUCAAAGGAUCCUGGGCUAAAUGCUGCCGAGGAGGUUCAAAAAAUGGUCAAUCUUCUUGACAAGUUGGAAACUUCCUUGAAGGUACACUCCAGGGCAAAACGUGUUGCAGCAGUGGCAUCAUCAUUGGUUGAUGUUAAUUUGAAUUCUUCAUACAAAAAAGCAGCUAUAAAUCUUCUGACGAAGGGGCGGAACAAAGCAGUAGCAGUUGUGGGGAAAGUGCUACUCUUCAUUAACCAUGAUAACUUAACCCCCUUAUAUUAUCUUGUAUGUGAUUCAGAUCAAACUUGUUUUAUUCUUUCAGUGUAUGGGUUACGUGUUGAUGUGAUUAAGGAGGCCGAUCAGCUGACAAUAAUGGAACCUUGCUAUAGUGCUGUUGACUUCUCUUGGAAGGGCAAGCACUACCAAUUCAAAUCAAUUCGAGUUGAUUUCUUGGAACAAAUUCUUCUGAAUGGAAAAGCUCUGGCUCCUCAUCAGGCAGUUCACACAUCCAUUCAUGCACAACAUAAACCGUGAAUGGGCUUCACUAUUUCAAGAGAAUAUCUGUUUGUUGUGUACCUUGGAGUGAGGUUUCAUUUUAUUAUUUUGCUUGACUGUAUUAUAUGCAAUUGUAGAUGAAACAAUGAAAAUUUGUUGAGGGGAUAGAUCUUGUGUCUGUCUAGUUAUACAUGCCAUUGACGUUUGAUGUUUGCAACUCCCCAAGAUGGAAGAAACAUAAAUCUUUGCCUUUUGA